AAAAAAAAAACUCAAAAGUGAUUAUAAAUUUAGAACUAGAUGCAACUCAUACAAUAAAUUACAAAAUAUAUUUCAUAGUUUUCAAUCUUGCUCUUCCAUCCGGAAACUUAUUUAGUAAUAAACUGUUCUGAAGUUAGAUGAAUACAGCCUAAAAUCGAGAAUAUAGAAGGAAGAGACAAAAGAGUCAAAGGGUGGCGGCCGGCUAAGCAUUAUAAUUGACGGGGUGUUUUACAUAUAAUUGGUGGGGUUUAUAAUUAACAAAUUUUCCGUAAGACUAAAUAUACUUCAUUAGUAUUGAAUCUCUAGAUGCUGAUGCAGGAGCAAAGACAAAUGAGAAAAAACAUUAGUCUCCCCCUUCUCUGUCAUUCAUUUCUAAAUUCUACUAAUAUUUUAUCACAUAAUUUAUAUCAUUAAAUUUCCAAUUCCAUAAAGUAACUUUUAUUCAUUUUUUAAACCCUAACUUUUGACAUCUUCAUCACAACUAUCUCCUCCAGCUAUUAUAUACUAUCUCCUUUAAUUUUUUCUUCAUUCACAUAUACUUUUCUCCAUUAUACACAUUUCCAAGUAUGUAUAUAUAAAAACCUCACAUACACGCACCAUCACACAAACAUCCUCCUCCUCCUCUUCAUCAUCAACAUAGUUGAGAAAGAUAAAAAAAAUAAAGAGGGAGAGAGAGAGAGAAAGAAACACAUCGAGAGAAAGAAUCACGAAUCAAGAGGAUGGGAAGAGCACCGUGUUGUGACAAGGCUAACGUGAAGAAAGGGCCUUGGUCUCCUGAAGAAGAUGCAAAGCUCAAAGAUUACAUCGAGAGUAGUGGCACAGGAGGCAACUGGAUCGCUUUGCCUCAGAAGAUUGGUCUAAGGAGAUGUGGGAAGAGUUGCAGACUAAGGUGGCUUAACUAUUUGAGACCUAACAUCAAACAUGGUGGCUUCUCUGAGGAAGAGGACAACAUCAUUUGUAACCUCUAUGUUACUAUUGGUAGCAGGUGGUCUAUAAUUGCUGCACAAUUGCCUGGAAGAACAGACAACGAUAUCAAGAACUAUUGGAACACGAGGCUGAAGAAGAAGCUUCUUAACAAACAAAGAAAAGAGUUCCAAGAAGCUCGGAUGAAGCAAGAGAUGGUGAUGAUGAAACGACAGCAACAAGGACAAGGACAAUGCCAAAGUAAUGGUAGUACGGAUCUUUAUCUGAACAACAUGUUUAGAUCAUCACCAUGGCCAUUACUGCCUCAUCUUCCUCCUCCUCAUAGUCAAGUACCUCUUGUGAUGAUGGAACCAACAAGCUGCAAUUACUACCAACCGACACCGUCUUGCGCAUUAGAACAAAAGCCAUUGAUCCCACUCAAGAACAUGGUCAAGAUUGAAGCAGAACCGGAGAGAUCAAACCCUGAUCAUCAUUAUCCGGAAGACUCAAUGACAAACUCUUUUGAUCUUUCCUUCUCUCAGCUUUUGUUAGAUCCUAAUUACUACCUGGAAUCAGGAGGAGGAGAAGGAGAGUUUGCUCUCAUGAGUAGAAGUACGAACUCUCCAUUACCAAACACAAGUAGUGAUCACCAUCAACAUCAAAAAGAGAUUACUCAAUGGUUUGGGAGUAGUAAUUUUCAGACAGAAGCUAUCAAUGAUGUGUUCUUAAACAACAACAACUUAGCGAAUUUUGAGACCAACGACGAGAACGCAAAACUAUAUGCAAACUCAUCAGUAGCCGGAGCUGGAGCAGCGUUUGCCGGAGGAACGACGAGUACAUCGGCUGAUCAAAGCACAAUAAGUUGGGAGGACAUAACCUCUCUUGUUAACUCCGAUGAUGCAAGAUACUUCAAUGGGCCAAAUAAUGUGUAAUUUUUUUCUGCAAAAUUUUAUUUUUACUUAUAUAUAUAAAGAGGUUUUUGUAUAA